AAGAAACAGAUUGAUGACAUUUUGGACCAGGUCAGGGCAGAGUUCAAACGUGACGUAUUAGUAGGCGUCCACGUGAGGCGAGGUGAUUUCCUGUCCACCAGAAACCAAAAUCUGGGGUACGGUGUCGCCAAGACGUCAUAUUUCACCAAGGCGAUGGACAGAAUGAGGUCCAUGCUAAACGGCACGAACGUCACGUUCGUGGUGGCCAGCGAUGAUCUAAAAUGGUGCCAGGAGAAUUUAAACUUUACCGACGUUCGAAUACUGGAACCAGCCUCACCUCCGUUGCACUUUGGUGUCCUGGCCAACUGUGAUCACGUGAUAUUAGCGGGCGGCUCCUACGGCUGGUGGUCGGCCUGGUUGGCCAACGGCAUCAUCAUUUAUUACGAUAAGUUUCUCGUCAAAGGAACAUGGGUCAUGGACGGAGUUACCUUACAAGACUAUUAUCCCCCAGGGUGGAUUGCACUUGGUGAUUGA